AUGAACAGAUCCGUGGAGCAGACGCUCCUCUCGUUGAUGCCGACACAUAGCUCAGCUCUGCCGCCGUCGUUAGUCGAGCUAGCAGGCUCCUUGCUGGCGCAAUCACGACAUCGAGCAAGCACGCUAAAGGUAGAUGAAGAGAUUGGGCGGAUGUACGCAUGCGCCCAUAUCGCUUGCGACAGACUCAAAAUUCCACUUAACCUUCCUCCAAUCGAACCACGACCCCCCAUCCCUCCGCGAAUCUACAAGCGUCUGUACGCCCACCUCGACAAUAUCCUCCCCAACUCCGCCCUCAACCGCACACCGGGUAAGAAUGGCACGCCGCGCAACAGACAACGCCACGGAGUCGACUCACCCGUCCGCACACCGCAUCGUCCGACGCCGAGCAAGGAGAGAUCUCUGUCGCAGUUCCGCUCACCCGCGGCGCGGAACACUAAUGUCACGCCGUCAAAGUCAACCGGCAAGGUCGCGUACCCGGCCGACAAGUCGGGUCUACACUUCUGGAUCCAACCAACUUUACGGUUCAUGUGUAAGGAAGCAAAACAAAGCCAACUUGCGCCGACGAUGUUAGCGGGAAUGGACUACAUUGUCGUCCCGGGAGGUAGGAGGACGCGAGACGGCUGGGUUCGGGAGAAUCUCACAGCACUAUGCGGCGCAGUGUUCCUCUUUGUCACGCAGCAGGUGAAGAAACUGGCAAAAGGCGAUGAUGAUGACCCGGACUCUCAUGUUUCGUCUAGGAAAGAGAUCCUCAGUCUGCUGCAAAGGGCAAGGGAGGAGAUUGACGUGAGGGGUCUGGACGAGGACGAGGCGUGGGAGGGCUGGACGCCCGUGAAGCCCGCGGAAUUCGACGCCGUAUUGAAGGAGGUGGAAGAGCGCGGGUGGUUGGAGGCAGAUUGGUACCGCAGUUUGGGCGACGUGAUUGAGGCGGGCAACGUAAUAGCGGACAGCCGGGUUGGUGAGUCGGAUGCUUCGUAUAAGGCGGCCCCUGUCCGGCGGGCGGAUACGAUGUUCCAGGAUCGGUAUGAUUUCUUGAGCGAGAAGAAACGGAGGGAGUAUAGGAUAUGGAAGGAGAACAUUCUCAGGCGCAUCGAUGUGAUGGAGAAGGAGGGCGAAAGUGCCAUGGAAGCAGACGGUUAG